CAGAGAUAGGGAGAGGUCGAUUUUAGAUUAUCUUCAUAUCGUGCUAAAAAAUGUUUCAAUGUUAUGUGUACUCUACUGUUCAUCUUUCUUCAUUUCCCAAGCGCGUAAAGUGAGAGAUUGUUCGAUUUGUUGUGAUUUGAUAUUUAGUUAAAAGACAAAGCGAAUCCGCUGGUUAAGCAACGAAAAUACUGUAGUUGGAAGAUAUAAGAGUGUUCUCCAACUCAAGUUUACCAGGACAUCAUGAUAGUCUAACAAAUAUAUAACAAUGAAGGAUAAAAAUCUCACAACUGCAGGACAGUCUUGGCGCCAACCAGAUGCUCCUUUGAAUGUGUGGCAAGUCGUUGAAGGCCAGCAGAAACUUGAAGACGGGACUACGAGACCGAUAAAAUUUUCUAUCCAAGAAGUGCCAGAAAACAGGCAUGAGGAAGCGGUGGACUUUAUGAUGAAGUAUUUUGUGGAUGACGAGCCUAUGUCCAAAUACUUGAAUUUUAAAAAUGAUUCCGAUGCCAAGGAUAGCUUGCGAAUCACGUGGAAUUAUUGUUUACAGCAAGGAAUUGUCGAGGCGGCUUACGUGCUAGAUUCGAACAGUGGGAUAUCAGAAUUAGCGGCCGUUAACAUGCUGUACGUGGCAAACGACAAAACGGAAAAGGAAAUGGGAGAGUUGAGGACAAAGUAUAAGUCGGAGAACUUCAAGAAAAUACUCGACGAGAUGGAAAAGUUGUCAAAGAAGGCCGAUGUUCGCAAAGUUUAUGGGGUUGAUGAGUAUAUUGGUGCUGUAGGACUUAGUGUUUCGCACAAAUACAGAGGGCAAAAGUUGGGAUUACACAUGCUGGAGGCGCGACACGACAUAGGAAAGAAAUAUGGUAUUCCAGCAACCUCAACAGUAUUUACAGCACGCUCAUCUCAGGUUUUGGCAGAACGAGCGGGUUACCAAACAAAAUCCAUUCAAAAGUAUUUAGAUAUUCUUGAUCAACACGGCAAGUUAUUCUUCGCUGGCAUCGAGGCCGAGGAUAUGAGAGUCAUGAUAAAAAAAUUGUACUAAACUGUUAUAAACUUAUGCACAAAAAUUAAAGUAAAAUAAUAAGCCUGAUUAAUUAGCAGGUUAAUUUUCUACCUUGUAGAAUUACAUGCUGACCGAUUUCAUUUUCAUUCUCCAACCAUAAGUUUAUAUUGAUAUUAUUUGGUGAAUAUUAACAAAAAUAAUAUUUUGCUGAUAACAAAAAAGUAGUGGAUUUCAAAACAUACACCUUUUUUUGUAACCUUUAGUGUAACUUAUACUGUCUGUCUAUCUACAUGCCCUUGUAAUCGAUUUUUAAUUUAUUUUUAGAUUGUCUUGCUUCAAAAGGAUUUUUAAUUACAGUCACAAUGCAAUGCGAUAUUAAUGUAUUGCACAACAUUUUUUUUCUUGGUUACGUUACUUUCAUUUCGCCCCUGACCAACCGCAUGUUGAUGACUCGGUCUUACCUUACUCGAAUGUAUCUACUUGAAACUAUACUGCGGAUUAUUUAGUUCAAUUCUAAAUGUAAAUCAUAACUACAAUCCAAAA